CUUUGAAACGACUGGAGACGGGCGAAGUACAUAUAAGCUGGAAGGGACCCUUAGACUGUGUGCCACCAACCAUCCAUCCGUUUCCGCACAUAUUAUCCAAGAAAAGAUAUCUCGAGGGCCACAAAUAAUAUAUAUCCAGUCAGGUUAGUGAAGGCUCAUUCCGACUACCCAAGUUGAAUACCUAAACUCGAAAGAAACGGCCCCCGCCUCAUACAUACAUAGUUCCUAUACCAUGGCUCCUUCGAACAGCGACUCACAGACUGUGAAGGAAGAAGAGAAUGCGGCAGACGAAGCUCAAGAUUCGAUAUCCCUUUCGAUUCGCAGGAUCGAGGCGAUCAGAGAGCUGUCUGGGGACAUCACUCCUCUUCGGCCUGAUGGCAGUAAUCUGCAAGCCUGGGUGAACGAAAUAGACGAAGUCCUGGCGGAUGUCAUCGAUCGCGAGAAAUACCUUCAAUCGGCUCCGCCGGUCCCCUUCAGCAAAGUGCAAGAUAAAGUGGCUCGCAGUUUGAUCUAUCGGACCAUCCCCCGCGAGUUACGCUACUCCUUGCGUGAUGCGUCUUCAGCCCAUACUGCCUACGAGUCCAUCGCCCGGCAAUUUCUGAGAAACACGCGAACCGGCCACAUGUCAGCUCUGGUCGACCUUUUCAACUUCCGGAUGGAAGUCACCGAGGCCGGCCAAAUCAGUCUUCUCUAUGACCAAAUUUACAAAGGCUUCCAUGAACUGGUUGCAAGCGGCUUUACCAUCACCGAGGAUGCAAUACUGGGAGCCCUGUUUCAAAUCGCCCUGGGCCGCUCAAACCUCGAGCUCUACACAGCCGUCAGUCAGUACUUCGAUGCCAAGAUGAGUCGCGGAAACACUUCGGUCACUUCACAAGAGGUUGCAGCCGUCGCAAGGAUGCAAUUGGAACACACCCCAUCAAUCACCUCCGCCUCUGAUGAAGCAGGCUUGUUCGUUCCUUCGGGCAUGACCACCCCGCAAGGAUUUGAGGACGCAAACGAGGAGCCCCGGGAGCAACCAACGGCUAGACCGAAUCUUGCGACUCCGGCUCAACACGCGGCCGAAUCCAACGGGAAUGUGAAUGCCCCGGCUAACUUCCAGCACAGUGUGACACCGCAACAACAGCAAGUUCAAACAAAUCAUUCGCACCCAGUGACCCACCCAUGUAUGACCCAACAACCAACUGGCCAUCUUGCGAAUGACUCGUCAAGUGCGCAUGUUCAUCAGGCCGCGCCGCUAGAUCCUCAAUUCUCGAACCUAGGACAACCAGUCGACCCCAAUCUCAACGGCAAUGUCUACCAUAACGUUUGGGCCAAUCAAUCCGGCCCACAAGUGCCAGUCCAUCAACAGCAAGCGAAUCAGCCAUACAGUCAGCAGGUCCCGCAUCCAGGUGCUGCCGAAUGUCAAGCUAACGAAGCUGCCCAGCAGCUGCCGCCGGAGCCCACAGCGACUCCAGCCCCAGCGGCCAACCAAGCCAUCGAGCACCCCGACAAUACACUUCACAAAUCAACCCCGGUCAACUCAUCCUCUCAUCCACUAGCUUCAAGCGCCUCCGGAUCCGGUGACCGUAGUACCCCUCACGAUCCUAACCUCUCCAAAUCCUCCCAACCAUCCCAUGCGGCCUCUGCCAGCUCCCUCAAGAAACAUCCGAUAUACGGACCUAACAUGGAACUUCAAUCGGGUAAAUCCGCGAACGAUACCAAGAAGAAGUCUCAUCACUCCAAGGAUCGGCAUUAGGCCACCAUUCUUCUCGUGAUCCCCCUCCCUCGCCCCUCAACUUGUUUCCAUCUGUUGCUUCAGGCCCUUCAUUCUCCAUCAAUGUGUUUCCAAGUCCACCUUUAUAUCCCUCUUUCUUGUCCAGGAUCAACAUCUUUUUUGAAGUUAAAAAGUUAAUCAGAAAAAUACCAAAUUGUUGUCUAGUUUUUUAGUUCCAGUCUCAUGUGCAUAUGUAAAGUGAGAAAUCACCCUGUCCCCACUUCCCUCCCUCUCUCCCUUCCAAGUUUGCAAAGGAUACCCCAAUGCUUCUUG